AUGCGCUACACUUCAUCUCAAAUGAUGUACCAUCAAGUAAAAAGUGAAAUGAAUGGAAUGGGAGAUGACUAUAACAUGACACAACCAUCUAAUUCUAUUACCGGGUUCAAUAAUUUAAUGAUGCAAAAUAAUGAGGAUUAUAAUGAUAGUUUUGAGGAUAAACAAGCGAAAGCAGUCCACCAAUGUUCAGAAUGUGAUAAAAUAUUUGUUUCAUACAAAGGCUUAAUGCAACAUGCCGUUAUACAUACUGAUUUAAAGCCAUUUUCAUGUGAUAUUUGUUCAAAGUCAUUUAGAUUUAAAUCAAAUUUAUUUGAACAUAGAAGUGUACAUUCUGGUUAUACACCACAUUCAUGUCCAUAUUGUGGAAAAACUUGUCGAUUGAAAGGAAAUUUAAAAAAACAUCUUAAAACACAUGUUAACUCAAAAGCAGAACUUGAAGAAGUUUGGAAACCAUUUAGUAGUAAUAGGCGACCACCACAAGAAGUGCCUGCUGAUGCCAUUAUUGUAAGGGGAAAUGUUGAACCAAUGUUUUCACCUCCAAGUAAACCAAGAAAAAAAAAACUAGGUUUAGGUGAUGUUAAAGUAUGGACUGAUAAAAUACAAAAUGGUGAAAUAGUUAAACCACCUGUUAUGUCAGAAAUGGGAACACAUUUUAUAAACUUUAUGGAAAACAAUCUUGGAAAGACAGUCUCAAUACGAGAUCUCAUUGAAGCUGCAAAGUAUACAUCAUUUGAAAAUUUUGAUUGCCCUUUGUGCAAAAAAAUGUUUCAUUCAAAAUAUGAAUGUUUAAUUCAUCUAGAAGAAAUUCAUAAUUAUAAAAAACGUCCAGAUUAUAAUUAUUUUUGUGAAAUUUGUAUUAAAACAUUUGUGGAUCAAAAAUCAUAUGACUUACAUCAAUCAUGUCAUGACCGUGUUCGUAGUCUGUUUGAAUCCGGUGACGUACAUGCGGCUCAUCAGCCUCAAUUAUUGGAACCGGCACUGCCAGGUAGAGAUGAUAUUAAUGGAUCUCAGGAACAAGAGAAUCGGGAUGAUAUAAAGAUGGAGGGUGAUUCUUAA